AUGAGAUACACUCACUUUCUUUGUAUCCCGCUUGUCACGACGAUUUCGAGGCCUCAGCUGUCCGCCAGCCUGCGCGACCUCUCAACAAAUAUUGCUGACUUGGGAAUUCCAAGCUCCGUAGUGCGGCCUCUUAGCACCAUGCACCUUACUCUGGGCAACAUGCGCCUUCCUGAAGCCAAAGAUAUUAAAAAGGCAACAGAGGUUCUUCAAAGCAUAAAGCCCCUACUUCCUAAUACGCCAGUCAAAAUUUCGCUCCACGGACUUCAUGCCUUCCCUACUGCUGAUCAAAGCCACGCCGAUAUUCUCUUUGCGCCCCCUAUAUGCCUUCAUUACGAUUUUAAUCGCCUUUGCCACAAGAUCAGGCAUAUUUUUGAAGAAGCUGAUGUCGUGGACAAGAAUGGUUUUGGCCUAUCGCUUCACGCCACACUUAUUAAUGCUAGGAAGAAAACCCUUUCGGGCUCUAUUGAUGCAAAAGGGCUUAUUGAGAAAUAUCAGGAUUACGUCUGGAUGGAAGAUGUGCCUGUCGAGAAGAUCGGAAUCUGCCGUAUGGGUGCUGAGAAGAUUGGGCCUGAUGAUGAAGAAUACGUAAUCAUUACUUCCAUUGACUUUAGAAGUUAA